AUGUCGACUCAGCCGCAAGCUCCAUUGCCCCAAAUCGGGAAGCUGGUCAGCGUGGUUCCCGUUGGGCUCAAGGAGGCUGCUCUCGACUCCCCGACCUUCCGAGCGACUACCCUACACUUUUCGGACCAGAUCGAGUUUCUCGAACGAUGGCUCGAUGGCUACGCGAAAUCUGCCUCGAGGCUCACUUCUGAGCUUGCGACCCUCGAGAGUACCGUGGGAAGCUUUCUCUCCUAUUCUACAAACCCCCUUGCCGUGUCCGAAGCCGUCCUCGACCAUGAUUAUACUCUGCUGUCAAUGAGGAGGAGUGGUGACGGCUCCAGGGAUCUUUGGAAUGGAUUGAUCACCAGCACUAGGAAGCUGGAAACGCUUGUUGCAGAACCGAUCAGGGUGUUUAUCCAGGAAGACUUGAGGAGCUUUAAGGAAUCUCGUCGGAUACUCGAGCAGACGCAGAAACAGUAUGAUUAUCUCUACUCCAGAUAUUCGUCGCAUAACAAGUCGAAGGAGCCCUCGGCCAUACGCGAAGAUGCUUUUCAACUCCAUGAGGCCCGCAAAGCGUAUCUGAAGGCGUCGAUGGACUUUUCCGUACGAGCUCCGCAAGUGCGAAACGCCCUCGACAGACUACUGGUUCGGGUUUCAUUCGACCAAUGGCGGGAGUUCAAAACUAUGCACAACAACAAUGGCGCAAAUUUUGGAAAAUGGGGCCAAGAGAUGGAUCGCAUAAAGGGCUGGAUACAUGAGAUGGAAGGAAGCGAGAAACUGUCUCGCCGGGAGCUACUAUCCGCCAGAGACCAGAUCGAGGAGACUGCAGAGACUGCAUUUAGGCCAUCUCGCGAGCUGGAAGACUACUCCAUAUCGACGAUUCCAUAUCUUGGUUCCCGCCCUUUGUCGGGGGAGAAUAUGACUGCUGAAGCUAAACCGGAGAAGCAGGGGUGGGUUAAUCUCCGGACACUUACAGGCAAGCCUACCCGGACUACUUGGGUCAAGCGCUGGGUCUUCUUGAAGAAUGGGAUCUUCGGUUGUCUAGUGCAAGGCUCCCGGACUGGUGGUGUGGAAGAGAGCGAAAGAAUAGGCGUCCUACUUUGCAACGUUCGACCAGCUUUUCAGGAGGAGCGGAGAUUCUGUUUCGAGGUUAAGACCAAGAACAACAGCAUCAUGUUGCAGGCGGAGACACAGAAGGAGCUUAUGGAAUGGAUCUCUUCUUUCGAGGCUGCUAAGCGGAAGGCCCUGGAGCACCCAGCAAGUACGGACCUUUCGGUCUCUGGCAAGAUGACAGUCCAAGAUCCAGCCUUUUCGAUCUCGCAGCCCCCUGCCCCCGAGUUCUCUGCAGAUCCGUCCGAAUCGCUCACUCCCAACGGUGAUGAACAAGGCUCGUCUGAUCGUGGGAUCCUUUCUCUGCCUGAACGGGAGCCAUCCGCUUUCAGAGCCAGCACUGAAAUUGGGAGCAGACGGUCUACUGGACCUGAUUCGGAGAAUUCGCCGCGAGAACAUACAUCCCGGCUUAUCCAAAAAUUGGACCUCCAUCGCAAGUCAAACAACGCUGCGCAGUCGGCUAGUCCUCUUCCCUCUGUUGGGGGUGGCAUAGCGAGCCUCAUCACUGCCAGUCAUAAUGCUAUUCCUUCCAUGCCAAUCGGUGUACCAGAUAGCGAUUCGGCUAGGGGUCGUAGCCUGUCAGAUCGCAGUCUGUCCAAUCGCAACGCACCUUACACAACUCUUGCGCCUUUCACCUUGGCAAACCCGCCUGCUCCUACAAACAUGAGCAAGGCUGCCGUGAUAGUAAGCAAUGAAAGGGGAAUUGGCCUGGGACAAGCAGAUAGCACUGGAGGAAUGCCUAGUGGGAUGAUGGCGAACUUGUGGGGCAGCUCCAACUGGGGCUUUGUGAACAGAUUUGAGCACGAACGCCUAGGUCAACCGAAUGGUACGGCGUCUGACCAGCCACCGCCUACUCCGAUGAGCGAUUCUUCCAAGCACACUGGUGCAGACGCAGAUACCCCAACAUCUACGAAGCCGAAAUCUGGGCCUGGACAUAGGCAAACUCUAAGUCUUGACGGGAGUUCACCGACCGUUGUAAAGCCGGUUGCUGCGUUUGAACAUCCCAGUUUCUACCCCCUGCAGCUGAGGAUACAGGAUGCCCAGUUCCGGCUGUUCUUCCCUAAUGUGAAGCGAGAAGAGCCUUUGGUUCUGGUUUUCAGAGCCACGUGGAGUCCAAAUGACCAGCAAGAGUUCCCCGGAAGGGCAUACAUGACAAGCCGAAAUAUAUACUUCUACAGCAACUAUUUCGGACUGGUAUUGACUACCAGCAUUGCUUUGGAUACGAUCAAAGAGGUGACUGCUGCCCCUGGAAGAGAUUGCGACUUCUUGUUCCUUCAUUUUGUCCCUCCCAUAGGGACUGACACGCCUGGUCGGGGCACUGUCAAGACGUUCCUUGAGCCACUAAGACUUCUUCAAAGGCGGCUCAAUUUCUUGAUCCAGGAUUCGAUAGCUGUCGAGCCGUUGGGAUUGGAAGAUAUUCUCAAGACUCUGACGAAGAUGGAGUCGGACGGGCCGGCACGGGACCCUAGCUCAGAUAGCUGGGAAGAUAUGACUGGCGCAGACAAGGCCAUCGAUGGAUCCAUCGACCAUAAACCAAGACAGGAACUUCGAGCACCGAUAUUUAUCGAGAAAGACCUAGACAUAAGCCCACCAAAGGCUGGCAACGGUAGGGAUGUGGCGAGAGUCAGACUACCGACCCAACCUGUGAACUAUGUGCCUCAAGGCAACCUUGCGCUUGCGGCCGAGAGGACCUUUGAUAUCAGCGCUAAAGCGUUGUUCCAUAUCCUCUUUGGUGACAAUAGUGGCGUUUGGCAGCUGCUUCUACAUGAAAGACAGGCUCGAGAUAUCAAACAAGGGCCGUGGGUUAGCAAUGAGUCGCGUCACCUACGACGGCAGUUCACUUUCCAAAUAGAAACGGCAGACUUAAUUGGACGGACCGAAGGAAUAGAAAUCUCUGAUUAUCAGAUUAUUGAUGUGCUCAAUGACCAUCUGUGUUACGUCGUCACUGACAAGCGGACUCCCUGGCAUCUGCCAUUCAAACGCUCGUUUAGGUUGGUCAGCAAAGUUGUGAUUACUUUCGUCUCUAAAUCGAAGAGCAAACUUGCCGUCUACACCAAGAUCGAGUGGCUGUGGACACCCUACGGCUUGCAAGGUAUCAUCAAUAACCAAGCGAUUGGCGAUCUCGGGCAAGAUGCCUUGGAUCUUGUUGAUCUUGUCAACGAGCAAGUGCGAAAACUUGGCGCCCAUGGUCGCACGAAGAAGGCCAUUUCGGUAUUCGGUCAUGUAGGUCGCCAGAACCAGGCGUCUCAAUUGCCACCCAAUGGAUCCAACAUGAAUGUGGAGCCCCGCAAACCGCGACAGCAGAGGAGUCUGGUUCAACUUUUGUUUGAAAUGCUCACUUCCUUUGGGGAGACCGCGAUUUCGUCGGUGUUCAUGUCGAUAUUCGCCUUUUUCCGAUGGACGUGGAAGACUGCAAAUGCGAACAAGGUUAUAUUAUUCCUUUUGCUGUCGAGUGUAUUCUUCAAUAUGCUUUAUUCGUCACAAUUUGCAUAUGAGUGGAGGUAUGAGAGGAACGCAGGAAACUUCAUGGCUCGUCUUGGGGUUCACCCGGACAAUGUCAUGAGCAAAGCGGUUUACUUGAGAGACAUCGAUGAAUUAAUUGCCAACUCGACAAUCGGACAAAGUCCUGAAAACGUUAGCGAUUGCUUCUUCACAUUCCACGAGCAAAUGAUGCGCGGCCAAGCCACCCCGCUCUCUCUUGGAGCAACAAGCCCCAGAGACGCCGUGACCAAGAGCGCAACGAAACGAAUCCAGCAGACGCGUGAGCGCCUCGCCACAUACCGGCACAAUCUCCUCGUGGCUCUUCGCGUGGUGAACAGUAUCGAACGAGAAGUCAUCCAGAGCGAAUGGGAGCGUUGGCUCCGGCAGGAAAUCCGACGCUGUGGCCAGGUUGAGGUUCUCCUUGGCAAAGACAAUGGGAACGAUGAGGCCGAGGUGCAAAUGGACACCGUCUUUGCUGAACUGACAGACGACGUUGAGCAGUGGUACGGUAGAUACUGUACUAGCUGCCAGAAGGAACAGGAUUUUGUUGAAUUGAGUGACCGUGGUUAUGGGAGUGCAUAG